AUCCGGUUAGAGCAGGGGCUGAUCGGGUGAUUAUUUUAAGGGACGCUUUUGCUGCUUUGCACGGCUCGAAAAGACACAAAUGCAUAAACAUUUAUUGGGUUUGCUGCUUUGAAAAGAUCCACCGCGUCCCAGAGACCCCUUGAUGGUCAGCCCUGCUCCACUGUCCAGCCGUGCGUAAGUCCACCUGAGCGCUGGGAUCAUGAACAAGCAGCCCAGUAAGGAGUCUCUGAAGGACAAGCUGAAGGGGGUGUUCGGACUCACGCCUCGUAUCCCCACCAAACCGACCGAGAGCAGACCGUCCGAGUUCAUCAUCACCCACGACAUCCUGAAGGAGCUAGCGCCGGAGUGUGGGCUGAGCAACAGAAUCAGGGUCAUCAACCAUGUUUGUGACCUCGCCAAGUCCAAAAAGUUUGAGGAGCAUGCUGUGGAGGCUUUAUGGAAGGCGGUGGAGGACAUGAUGCACCCUGAACAAGUAGCUGAAGCUCGACACGCUGUGCUACUGCUGCUGAGGGCUAUAAUACAGGGACAGGGGGAGAGACUGGGUCCGUUGAGAGCGUACUUCUUUAAGAUCAUUUGGGACUACCAGCCCUGUAACGAGGACCUGCCCGAGAGGCUCGGGGUGUUCAAGGCCCUCACGGAGAACGGGAAAGACGUCACCUACCUGGAGGACGAGAUAGCUCGUUUCGUGGUGGUUUGGAUGGAGACAGGUUUGACUGCUGAUUUCUUACAUGUGCUGGUGAACCUGGUCAAGUUCAACUCCUGCUACCUGGAUCAGAACGUCUCACUGAUGGUGCAGAAGAUCUGCUUGCUGUGUAACCGAACCACAUCCUCCACAGAUAUCGAGGUAGCUCUGCAGGUCCUGGAUGCGGUGGUGUGUUAUAACUGCUUGCCGUCCGACUCUCUGACCAUCUUCAUCAUCACGCUGUGCAGAACGGUGAACGUGAAGGAGUUCUGCGAGUCCUGCUGGAAGCUGAUGAGGAAGGUGUUGGGGACUCACCUGGGACACAGUGCAAUCUACACCAUGUGUCGCAUCAUGGAGGAAAGGGUGUAUACGGAGGACGCCGCCCUGCUGAGAGGAGCCGUGUUUUUCGUUGGCAUGGCGCUGUGGGGCGCUCAUAGACUCCCCGCUCUGAAGAACACACCCACACUGGUGCUGCCCUCGUUCUACAAGGCUAUGAACUGCGCCAACGAGGUGGUGUCCUACGAGAUCGUCCUGUCCAUCACACGGCUGAUAAAGAAGUACGGGAAAGAGCUGCAGGUGGUCACCUGGGACAUCCUGCUGGCCAUCAUAGAGAGGCUCCUGCAGCAGAUACAGAGCUCAGGCAGUCCUGACCUGAAGGCCAUUGUGUUUGAGUUGUUGAGUACGGUGGAAGAGCUGUACGAACAGAACGACUACCAUGGAUCCACAGAGCGCUUCUUCAGCCUGGUGGAAAAAUGCGCCGAAAAACGACCGGAUGCGUCAGUGCUGACUCUAAUCUCGUACCGAGCUCAGUCCAUUCAUCCUGCUAAAGACGGCUGGAUCCAGAGCCUCCAUCGCCUCAUGGAGAAAUUCUUCAGGAACGAGACACGCAGUGUGAUCAGAAUCAAAGUGCUGCACAUCCUCUCCUUUGUCCUCAGCACUAACAGACAGCUGUAUGAGGAGGAGCUGAUCGAGGUGGUGGUGCUGCCUCAGCUGGGACAGAUCGCAGAGGACCGGGAUCUGUCUGUGCGGAAACAGGCCACACAGCUGCUGGUGGAUCUUGCUGAGGGCUGCAACACACACCACUUCAACAGCCUGCUCGACAUCAUCGAGAAGGUGGCAAGUCGUCCACUGUCGUGCUCUGUAGAUGGAGACAGAGAGCUUUCAGCUGACUCGCCCAUGGAGGAUGUCAAAACUGCCAUACUGGGGCUGCUGGAGAUCCUGCAGAGUAAGCUGUACAGUCUGCCAGCCAGUCAUGGGAGUCGAGUGUAUGAGUUGCUGAUUAGUCACCUGCAGCUCCACUACAAAAACAAGUACUGCUCCGCCCUGGCCAGCUCCGUACGCCUACAGGUGUUUGAUUUCUUGUUGUUAAUGAGAGCGGACUCGUUGCACCGUCUGGGUGUGCCCAAUAAAGAUGGAGUCCUGCGCUUUAGCCCCUACUGCUACUGUGAUGUGGGUGGGACAGAGAAGAGAGAGGCGGAGAAAAAGCCAACCGGAACCGUCUCUUCGCCAACAGGAAGUCCCGCCCCUGCGGCUCCGCCCACUUCCAUCCGCACUGCCUGCCUGCCGUACAACCUCGCUUUCAAUGUGCUGCUUCAGUGUCUGAAGAUGGAAACAGACUGGAAGGUUCUGAAGCUGGUUCUGGAUAAGAUGCCUUGGACGCUGCAGUAUAAAGUUUUGCUCCUCACGUCACCGUGUAGUGUAGAUCAGCUGUGCUCCACUCUCUGCUCUAUGGUGACGGAUCGUCUGAUCUCAGAGAGGUUAAAACGAACUCCGGAUGGUUUUUCACGCACCGAUGUCCAGCUGGCCGUGGUUCCUGUUCUGACCGCGCUCACGUCCUAUCACUGUUACUUAGAACAGUCCAGACAGAGGGAGCUGGUACAGUGUUUGGAGACAGGUUUGAUCUACCGCUGUGCUAAGCAGUGUGUUGUGGCUCUGACCAUGUGUACGGUGGAGAUGCCUGACAUCAUGAUCAAGCUGCUGCCCGCCCUCAUCGUCAAGCUCACCCACAUUUCGGCAACCGUCGCCAUGGCGUCACCCAUGCUGGAGUUCCUGUCCACGCUGGUCAGGUUGCCUCACCUGUAUGCUAACUUUGUAGCUGAGCAGUACGUCAGUGUGUUUGCCAUCUCGCUGCCUUACACCAACCCCUCCAAGUUUAAUCAGUACAUUGUGUCUCUCGCCCAUCAUGUGAUUGCCAUGUGGUUCAUCCGCUGCAGGAUGCCCUUCAGGAAAGACUUUGUGCAGUACAUCACCAAGGGUCUCCGGUCGAAUGCUCUGCUUCCCUUUGAUGACACACACGAACAGAGCAGCUUCCGGGCUCGCAGCACCAGUCUGAACGAGAGGCCAAAGAGUCUGAGAACUGCCAAAGUGGCGAAGCAGAGCCAGAGCGCUAACUCGCCCGUUAAAGAGCUGAAAGAUCUCUCAGCCAUGGACGCCUUCCGUUCCCGAAGCAUCAGCGUUUCCGAGCACGCGGUGCGCAGGAUGCAGACAUCCACCACCACAUGCAGUCUGGGGUCUGCAGAUGAGAACGCAGUGAUGCAGGCGGACGACGCACUGAAGACGGUUCAUCUGGAGCUGACCGAGACCUGUCUAGACAUGAUGGCCCGUUAUGUCUUCUCUAACUUCUCCGCUCUGCCCAAGAGGUCUCCCAUCGCUGAGUUCCUACUGGCUGGUGGACCCAGUAUGACAUGGCUGGUGGGUAACAAGCUGGUUACCAUAACAACCAGUGGUGGCUCACGCACUCAGACCUUACUCGGCCUUGACACAGCAGAGAGACCAGGAGGAGGAGAGAUGACCCGGUCAGAUCCGACUCUACACACCAGACAAACGAAGGAAGCUCCGGCCAAACUGGAGUCUCAGUCCAGCCAACAGCUGAGCCGAGCUACACGCAUCAGAGUCCGCUCCAUGUCCGGCGGUCAUGCUCUUCGUGCUGGAGCGGUGCAGAGUCUCAGUCCCCUGGUUUCUCCCUCUGAGGGGGAAUUCGGCUCUCCUCUGGAAGGUCUGAACUGUCCUCGGGGGGACGAGGAACUCCCGCAAUCCUCCUCUUCAUCCUCACACGUAGCCCCGCCCCUCAGAGACAAGAGUGGCCUGGCCGAGUUCGUGCCCGUGCUCACGCAGGGCUGGGCUCAGAUAUUUAUACGGAGACCAUCAGGAAACACCAGCUGGCUGAUGUGUCUGGAGAACCCGCCAAGUCCCUUCUCCUCAGAGCUGGGAAACAUGCCCCUGCAGGAGCUUUCUAGUGUCCUCAUGGCUAUGGAUGGGGUUAGAGAACCCCAGACUGAUGCUCCAUCUGCCUCCUCUGCCCCAUCCGAUGCCCCCCAGCAUCAUCAUAAACCCAGCCUUAUCCAGCGCGCCAACACGGACUCUGUGGUAGUGUUGGAGGAAGGUGGGCGGGGCAAGGCACCGGAGUCGGAUCCCGAGUCGCCUCAGAUGGAAUUGGAGGCCGCGUCCUCGGAGCCUAUUUACAUGAGCGCGGAUAUGUUCAAGCCCUCGAACGCCAUGCUCAGCAGGUCCUCCUCCACCUCCAGUCAGGAUGAUGACAAGUCGACCCUUGAGGAGGUCAGUGAGGGAGGCAUCCCAAUCGACCAGCCCCCGUUGACCUUCUCCACUCCCGGAGCUCCCGACUCGGACUUGCCCUUCUCUCACUCGCAGACUCUAAACAAGUCUAGCUCCUCCCCAGAGCUCCAGACCUUGCCUGAGGCCUUUGCCAGAGCCACAGGUUCAGGAGAUCUGCCCAGGUCUAGGAGCCCGGUUGAGGGAAAGAACAUACUCGGUCAGGGUUCAUCUGAGAGAGACACCCUAGGAGACGGAGAGAGUGUGGGAUCAGCAGGACCUCAGAGCCUGGGUGCCAGUGUAUCCACAUCUUCCUCAGCUUCAAAGAUGAAGCUGGAGUUCCCCAGCGCCCAGCCAGGGUCUCUGUCACCUAGUGGACACAGACCUCGUGGUCACACCAUCUCUGUUUCUGCUCCCUCAUCACGGAGAGAAAGGAAGUCUGACCGAGACUCCUACCACAACCGAGGAGGCGUGUCUAAUGCGGAGAAGAGCUCCGGGCUGAGCCCAAGUUUUGUCUUCCUCCAGCUCUACCAUUCACCCUUUUUUGGCAACGAGGCCAACAAGCCCCUCCUCCUGCCCAAAUCGGAGCUGAUCGAUCGAGCGGUUAAAGUUCUGGAUCAGAUGCCGCCGUACGACACACAUAAGAUAGGAGUGGUGUUUGUGGGACCUGGACAGGCGAAUAACGAGGUGGCGAUCCUGUCGAACGAGUACGGCUCCAACCGUUACGCUCGCUUCCUGACCGGUCUCGGAAAACUCAUCCACCUGAAGGACUGCGACCCGGACCAGAUCUUCCUGGGAGGACUGGAUCAUGGGCGGUACGCCGACGACGGAGAGUUCACCUACUGCUGGCACGAUGACAUCAUGCAAGCUAUUUUUCACAUCGCCACACUGAUGCCCAACAGAGAGAGUGACAGGAGCUACUGCAACAAGAAACGCCACAUCGGGAACGACUUCGUAGUGGUGGUGUACAACGACUCGGGCGAGGAAUACAAACUCGGUACCAUUAAGGGCCAGUUUAACUUUGUGGAGGUGGUCAUAAAGCCUCUGGACUACGAGAGUAACCUGGUCACGCUGCAGUGUCGGAGAGACCUCGAGGGUUUGGUGGACACCACAGUAGCGAAGAUUGUAUCAGACCAGAACCUUCCUCUGCUGGUGAGACAGAUGGCUCUGCACGCUAAUAUGGCGUCACUGGUGCACCAGUACAGAGCGAAUCCGUCUGAUGCCUACGCUUCAAAAUGGCUGGCUCGACUGCGACACAUCAAGAGGAUCAGAAUUCGGGCUCAGGAGGAGAUCCAGUCCCGGCCCACCCCCGGAAUCUCCCUCACUCAGAGCCACGCCCCCAUGCAGAACAAGCCCGCCCACCAGCCGUCAGGCUCCGCCCCUAACACAGACUGCGGCCAGAGGAAACGCCUGGUUUCUACGGUCGACGACUUCACAGAUUUUGUUUAGGAUUUUGACUUUCUUCCUUUAAGCCCGAACCCCAGAUUAGUAUUAUUUUAAAAUUGAAAUCAUUUCUAACGGUAAUGAAAUUUUACAUUUCAGCUAUGGGGAUGAAUUCGUUUUAGACACUCCCCUGUAGAGAUAAUGGUUUGAUUUGGGUAACGUUUGGGAAAUUUUAAUCUAAUCUGCUUCUUCUGAGCACCUGCAUGUCCACAUGCUCACCGUUUCACAUCGUUCUGGUGUCUCGCUGCUUGACGAAACUUUUCCUUGAACCGCAUUCACAAAAUUUCUAUCACAAUUUGUUUUCUCUUUAAGAACAGUUAGAUGGUUAUUUCGGUGAUUUCCAGCUCUGUUUCUGCACGUUUUUAGUCUUUUUCCUGCUCCAACAAACCCAUGUGGACUCAACGAGCUCGAGCUUGAUGAUAAAACCUUCAGCCAAGAAAAAAAAAGCGUGUUCUGUUCAGUUGCUUUAAAUGAUUAGUGCGCUGCUGUAAUAACAGAUGCCUUGUGUUUGUGGGUCCACAGUUAUGUGUGGAGUGUGUGUGUGUGUGUGUGUGUGUGAGAGAGAGCUCAGCUAACCCACUACACACUCUCAGCAUUAUGUUCAGACAGCAUGGAGCUCAGCCUCAACUCCAUGAACCUCAGUGUAUUAAUGUGAAAGACUCCGAAUAAAGAAAACACUCAGAAUGAUGCAUGACGUCACAACUGAACUUUACUCCAGACGCUAAACUCCAGUCUGUAGAGCUGAUAUUAAAAAUGAAAAUCCAUGACACAAACCUGUAUUCUGUUUAUUUCUACACUUAUGUAGAGGUGUGUGUGGACAUGUAUGGGCUUUUGUGUACAAUAAAAUUAUAUUGUGACUC